AUGCAUAUCGUCCCCUUUACUCAGGCCCGUCGCCCCUUCCCGAGCACCACGAUUCACGAAACAGAUCGACCUGUCCGCCGCACCUCGCUGCCUGACCUGUCGCGGGGCCGUGUGUUCCGUGUGGAUUCGUACGGCACCGCCAUCUCACCCCACCCUUUCUCGCCCGUGCGCGCGGUGCAGCGUGCGGUGCGGUGCGGUGCGGGAGGCGGUGCCACGGGCGGCCAUGAAUUCGUGGCUGCGUGGCAGAUUCUCGUGGACCGCGAGGACGCGCAGCGGCAGUACCUGGAGCAGCGGGUGGUGCAGGCGGCGGUGGCGGAGGUGUACAGCGAGGAGAGCGCGGAGGGCGGCCAUGCCACGCACGCGCACAACGCGAUACUGGCAUACCUGAGCAGCACGCUCGACCCCUUGCUCGCCGUGCCACCCGCCUCGCCCACCACGCCCCUCGCUGCACCCACGCACCGCGCCCCCUCACAACCGUUCUCGCACGCACAGCCAGCAGGGCUGGCAGGGCGGUUGGGCCAAUCGCGGCAGCACCUGCUGGGAGUGGAGCCGGGGUGCCUGCAGAGUUUUGCUGCCAGGGCUGCUGCGAACAAGGCAUGCCAGGUCAGGCUGCAGCAGCGGGUCAUCGAUGCAGUGGCGUCCUCUGCAGCCAACAUCAAGACCUUCAUUCACUUGAGCCUCGGGGACGAUGCCUCCAACACUGACGCUGACGCUGUUACGCGAGUGCGGGAGGAGGUGCGGGGGGUACGGGAGAGGGAGGCUGCCAUCACGCGCGUGCUGCUCGCCACAGCCAACACUCGAGCUACCCUGGCGCAGGAGCACGUGAGGGUGACAAAGGACCUUCUUGCUGUGCUGCACCUCAAGACACUCCAGCAGCACCCGCUGGAUGGGAGGCGCUGUAAGCUGCUGGAGGCAAGCGCUGCGCUGCUGCAGUGCAAGGAAGAAGCGGUGGAGCAGCAGAUCCGAGCGGCCACGUACACGAGAGACACCGUGCUAGCACUGCAGCACAUGAGGAGCCAUCUGUUGGCGCGCAAGGCUGAAGUCAGCUUGGCGCGAGACCAAGCACGUGUGCGCCUGGAGCAGCUCACCUCCAACCAAGAAUUCCUCGCUGUUGCGCGUGAAUACAACCGAACCAAGGAGGAGAUUGAGCGGCUAUCCGGCGCAUUCUCUCGGCUGAAGCACCAUGAGAGCGCGUCAGCACACGGAUCCUCCCAUGCCGCCCGCAUGCACUCUGACUUCUGA